UUUCAGACCAAAUGAACUUCAUUAUUCACUACAUUCUUCUUAUGAGUCUCAGCCUCUCAAUUGUCACAGCCCGACCACCAGGACGAAAUGAUCAAGAGAAAAAGCUAACUGGUGGGGAACCUUUGGAAUUGGGUGACUACGUAGACUACUUCGAAGAUUUCUUCCCAGUUUUGAAUAAUUCCACUAAAUUAAAUGAAAACUACCAAUAUGAAAAGAAGAAAUACUUAACUUCAGUUGCCGGAUUUCCUGCGAAAAUGAGAAAAAUGUUAUAGCCCUUUCUCUACAUUAUUCUCACUUCCGUCUCAUCGCCGCUUAAUAAAUGUUCUUGUAAAUAAUAAAUAAAUAAAUAAAACAAAAAGACUCGGAAAAUGAAUGGGCGGUACAUUUUGUCGGGAAGAAGUUCAUCGGCAAACAUACACCAAAAGUCAACAAACAGUCUCUUCUUUUUGCUUUUUUGAAACACUGCCAAUUUUUAGUGUUUUACUUCGUUUUUCUGUUAGUUUUCUUUUAUUUAAUAAUGGUUUU